AUUUCCGGGGUUUUGCUGACGCGUCCUUUUUCUUGUCCUACACCGACGUGUCAGUCUUGUUGUGUCCGAAGCUGAGUAGCAGACAGGUAGCUAGGUCCGCAGACAUGCCUCCAAAAAGCAGCAACAAGCAGCAGUCAGAGGAAGACCUUCUCCUCCAGGACUUCAGCAGAAACCUUUCAGCAAAAUCUACCGCUCUGUUUUACGGAAAUGCACUCAUCGUCUCUGCCAUCCCCAUCUGGUUGUUUUGGAGGAUCUGGCACAUGGACCUUGUUCAGUCUGCCGUUCUGUAUGCUAUGAUGACUUUGGUCAGCACCUAUCUGGUGGCCUUUGCCUACAAGAAUGUCAAGUUUGUUCUCAAACACAAAGUUGCCCAGAAACGUGAGGACGCAGUUUCCAAGGAGGUAACCAGGAAGCUGUCUGAAGCAGACAACCGCAAAAUGUCUCGAAAAGAGAAAGACGAAAGGAUCCUGUGGAAGAAGAAUGAGGUUGCAGACUAUGAGGCCACCACCUUCUCCAUCUUUUAUAACAACACACUUUUCCUGGUCCUUGUCAUCAUUGCCUCCUUCUUCCUGCUCAAGAACUUCAAUCCCACCGUCAACUACCUUCUAUCCAUAAGUGCCUCCUCAGGACUCAUUGCUCUGCUGUCCACAGGCUCCAAGUAAAGGAGGAAGCUGGGGAUAAUGGGGUGGGAUUGGGUUGUUUGGGUUGGAGGGAAGGAACUGUGUUCAAGAAGUCUAAAGUGUUUUAGGCUAGGAAUUGGUUUCAAGGGGGAUCAACCUACCAUUUCAGCUUCAUGAAAUUCAUGAUCAAAUGUGUGGAGGGUGUUUCUUCAGGUCUGUAGUCAGUUUUUUGUAACAAAUAAAGAAACCAGGUAUUGGCCUCUG